CUGAAGGUGAAAGCUGAUUGGCUGCAGCCUCGCUGCACUGACAUGUAUGUGGUUGAUCAAAACUCAAAGUAGAUUCUGUUUUUAUGAAUUCAGACUUACACCCUCACUGGAGCUGAGAUGGAACAACAGGCGGAGAACAUUUGCUCUCAUCAUGGUGAUGAGAUGAUCUUUCCAUUGGUGGAACAUAAAGGUCACAACCCAAUGUCAGGUGCAGCAGGAAGGCCUGAGAGCCAGAGAGCGCUGGAGGAGAGACGAGGAAACAACCAGCAGAAAAUCCAGGGCAGAGACAAAGAUUUCUCCUGUUCGAUCUGUCUGGAUCUACUGAAGGAUCCGGUGACGAUUCCCUGUGGACACAGUUACUGUAUGAACUGUAUUAAAAUCUUCUGGGAUGAAGAGGAUAUGAGAGGGAUCUGCAGCUGUCCUCAGUGCAGGGAGACAUUCUUACCUAGACCUGUAUUAAAGAAGAACAUCAUGUUAGCAUCUUUAGUGGAGAAGCUGAAGAAGACUGGACUCCAAUCUGCUCCUGCUGACCACUGCUAUGCUGGACCUGAAGAUGAGGCCUGUGAUUUCUGUACUGGAAGAAAACUGAAAGCCAUCAAGUCCUGUUUAGUCUGUCUGGCCUCUUACUGUGAGAAACACCUUCAGCCUCAUUAUGAUGAGACUCAAUUAAGGAAUCACAAGCUGGUGGAGCCGUCCAAGAACCUCCAGGAGAACAUCUGCGCUCGUUACAGCACAGUAUCAGCUGCAGCAGAAAGGACUGAGAGGCAGAGAGAGCUGGAGGAGAGACGAGGAAACAUCCAGCAGAGAAUCCAGGACAGAGAGAAAGAUGUGAAGCUGCUUCAACAGGAGGUGGAGACCAUCAAUCACUCUGCUGAUAAAACAGUGGAGGACAGUGAGAAGAUCUUCACUGAGCUGAUCCGUCUCCUCCAGAAAAGAAGCUCUGAUGUGAAGCAGCAGAUCAGAUCCCAGCAGGAAACUGAAGUGAGUCGAGUCAAAGAUGUUCAGGAGAAGCUGGAGCAGGAGAUCACUGAGCUGAAGAGGAAAGACGCUGAGCUGGAGCAGCUCUCACACACAGAGGAUCACAAUCAGUUUCUCCUCAACUACCCCUCACUGCCAGCACUCAGUGAGUCUACCAAAUAUUCCAGCUUCUCUUUCCUUCUUCCAUACUUUCAGGACAUGACAGAUGCUGUGUCAACGUUCAGAGAAAAACUACAGAACCUUCUGAAAGACUCAUGGAAAAACAUCCCAAUGACAGUCACUAAGGAGAAUAUUUUACUGCCGGAACCAAAACCAGAACAACAACCAACAGGAAGGGCUGGAUUCUUAAAAUAUUUGUGUGACAUCACACUGGAUCCAAACACAGCACACCGUUAUCUAUUACUAUCAGAGGGGAACAGGAAGGUGGUAGUGAUGGAACAACAUCCGUCUUAUUCUAGUCACCCAGACAGAUUCACUCAUUGUUAUCAGGUUCUGAGUAGAGAGAGUCUGACUGGACGUUGUUACUGGGAGGUGGAGAGGAGCAGUAGAGUUUAUGUUGCAGUCGCAUACAAGAAUAUCAGCAGAGCAGGAGGCAGGAGUGAAAGUGGAUUUGGUGGUAAUGACAAAUCCUGGGCAUUAAAUUGUUACCAAAACAAUUCUGAAUUUUGUCACAACAAUGAGUCAACUCCCAUCUCAGGUCCAGUUUCCUCCAGAGUCGGAGUGUACCUGGAUCAUGAAGCAGGUAUUCUGUCCUUCUACAGCGUCUCUGAAUCCAUGACUCUGAUCCACAGAGUCCAGACCAGAUUCACUGAACCGCUACACGCUGGGAUUUGGGUUUGUAAUAUUGGAGGUUCUGCUGAGUUCUGUAAACCAAAUGGGCAGAAUCCACUGGAGGUCUAGUGAGUUUGGUUCUAAGUUUUACUCCUCAAGCAGAUUAUUUUGAUGAUCAUUGUUGUUUUUGUUUUUUUGUCUAAACUGCUCCGAAAUUAAUAGUCAGAGCUUCCAGCGUUUGUUUUCUUCAAAUCUGAUGUUCUGGGUUUGAUCAAUUUGUUCAUUUUUCAACAUUAUUGUUUGAAACAGAUGAUAAGCACAAGAAUAUUUACUCUUUGUUGCUUUUAGCACAAAAGAUUGUGAACAGAUUAGGAUAAAACUGUCAUGUUGCUUCACUGAUUAGCUGUUGGUGAUGGAAUGCUGCCCUCUACAGGACAAUCGUUUUGUUACAUGACGGAAUCCAGAAAUUGGGGCCUGCCAUGCAAAGCAAUGGCAGUUGGGGCCUGCCAUGCAAA